UAUGAAGAUUUCGGAGUCGUAAACUUGAAAAUCAGAGGAAAUCAAAACAUGGGUCCGAGAGCUCUAACUCUGCAGCACAGCAGCAGCUUCUCUUCCCAUGCCGGGUUCUGGCAAACGCCGUCGAGAUCAUGCCGGAGACCGAGAUGGGCGGCGAUUAAGGCGGCGAAGCGAGAAGAGGAGGAGGAGGAGGAGAGGAAGAAGAAGGGGAAAGCGACGUCGUUGUUCAGUAGCGUGACGGAGGCUUUGGAUUUCUCGCAGGUGAGGUCGGAGAAAGACGCCGAGCUCCUCUACGAAGCCAGGGAAGCCACCCAGUCCGGCGGCCGCAUGAACAGAGAACAGUACGGGGCGUUGAGGAGAAAAAUCGGAGGCACGUACAAGGAUUUCUUCAAAUCCUACGUUGAGGUGGAUGGGCAGUACGUGGAGGAGGGAUGGGUGGACAAAACAUGCAAGAUUUGCAAGAAAGACACAAAGGGAGAUGCAAGGCAAGUCGACAAGCUGGGUAGAUAUGUUCAUGUCUCUUGCCUCCAGAACCCCUCCAAAUCUUCUGGAAACUUCUUCACCAGGCUUUUCUCCAGAUCAUGAUCCCACAAUCAUAUAUAUAUAUGUCAUGGUUCAUAUAUAUGGAUACAAGUUUUUGUAACUUUGCCACCCCAAGCAUAUAUAGUAAUAUAUACUUCCUUCUUAUUAAUAAUGUUCUCA